GCCCACACACAAACAUGGGGCAGUAUUUCUACAAAGUUUCUUACCCAAUGUUAUAAAGAUGGACAACCGGAGGACAGAUACGGUCCAAUAAAUCCAAGUGUUGAUGAAAAUUUCAAUGUUUUAUCAAAUAUCUUUAACGAAGUACUCAGUAUAUUCCCGGAUACACUGAUUCACCUUGGUGGUAGAGACGUAACAUUCGACUGCUGGCAAUCUAACCCAGAUAUUCAAGAAUUCAUGAAAACACAAAGCUUAGGUGAUUCUUACAAUGCCUUGGAGAAUUAUUAUUUUUCAAAACUUAUGGAGAAUGUUCUCGGAACAAAUUCAUCAGAAUGGACAGUUUCACCAGUUGUUUGGCAAGAUGUAUUUAACAAUGGAUUCCGUGGUGAAGCACCAAUUGUCAUUCAUUUGCAUCAACCUGAAUGGAAAUCAACACUAGAAGAGGCUACAAAGGCUGGAUAUAGAGUAAUAUUUAGCUCAUGUUGGAGAUUAAGUGAAAUGACUCUUGAAGACGAUUGGAAAAAAUUCUAUGAAUGCGAUUUCACUUCAUUUGAAGGUACCGAAGAUCAGUUAGCUUUACUGAUUGGUGGUGAGGCUUUAUUGUGGGGUAUCAAUGUGGAUGAUGCAAAUAUGUUUCCAGAAACUUGGCCAUUAGCUGCAACUGUAGCUGAACGACUUUGGUCUCAAGAUCCACCUGAAACAGAAGAAUUUGGACAGGAAUUAGAUGAACUUCGUUGUCGAAUGGUAAGACGUGGAUGGAAUGCCCAAGCGAUAGUUGGCCCUGGAUUCUGUCCCCAGUAGUCGUUCAUAUUACAUUUGGCGGACAAUUCAUCUUUUCACGACAGACUAGAGAGUUAACUAUUGAUCCCAGUUCAGUUUUGUUCUACUGUCUUGUCUGCUUUUGAGAUUAUGAAAGAUAAAUAAAAAAUUCGUGAAAAUUAUGUGAUUAAUACUCUAAGAAUUCUACUAAUCAGACUGCCGAUUAAAUACAAACUAUUAUGAAAUUUUCAAAAGAAUGGAUGCUGAACAAAGAGUACUCUUUUUGAUAACCCCUUGAUCAUCAGGCUCUACAGUUA